UAAAAUUAGCGAAGGCCGACUUUUUUACGGUUAAAAUUAUUUUUUAUCUUUGCUUUUGUAAACAAACUUCAGAAACAAAUAAAGAGCUUUAGUAGGACAAAACAUUUUGAUUGAAUUUCGAAAGCAAAUAUUAUGGUUUUCUUAAUCGUAUUGUGGCCUGUUCUUUUGUUGGACGUAAUUGUACCUAUCAACUGGAUGGUUUUUUCAGAAGUAUAGAUUUUCCGCUUGCCAACAUUCCCAACAGUUUUUUUAAUCAAGAUCAUGAUUUCUGUCAUUUGGCAAUAAAUUUUUAGUCUACUUAUUUCUGGUAUUAAAACUAUUUGACACAGUAUGAACGUUGAUGGAAGCUUACUCACUAAUAUACACAAUUUUGACAUUUAUUUGACUCUGGCAUAUUACAUACAAAAUGGAACAUAUACAUUAGGUGUAUCAGACUUUCCAUUUUACAACCUAACUAAUAGCUCAUUCACUUAUAAAUGGAAUGUAUUGAACAAAAGAUAUACUCUCACUAAAGAUAAUUUUUAUUUGACAAUUACUGGUUUUGGUGGACUUAUCAUAUUAAAUAGUCUCUGCAUUUAUCAAGUCUGUUCAACUGGUUUUGAGUUCAAUUAUUUAUCUGAUCAAUGUGAAGACAUUGAUGAGUGUAAUACCUUCAAACCUCCAUGCAGUUGGAGUAAUGGCAAAUGUUAUAAUACAAUUGGAAGUUAUUUCUGUUCGUGUAAUACAGGAUGGGUAUUGGGGGAGGAUAAUGCAACCUGUGCUUAUUACCUUAUUGGUAGUGUUUCCACACCAAUCUCAAAAGGCAAUGGCAUUGCUUUGAUACCCAAACUAAAUAAUGAAUACAUAGUUUCAUUAGAUAUUCGAAUAAUGCGCUCACUGUCUAUUAAUCCAAAUUCUAUUAUUCACUUAACAAAUUGUAAUAAUAAUAAAGACAAUUGUUACACAGUAUUAAGUAUUUACACUCUAAGAGAUUCACUGUGGAUUUAUACUGGAAAAAAUAGAACUAAUAUUUGGUUAGACGAUUUACCUGAUUGGUUUUCCAUUAAUAUAAGUCAAACUUAUAAUGGCACUGUUUUUUAUUAUGCAAUAAAACAUAAUAAAAAGGAAAUCUUUUCUGAUUUGUUCAAUAUAGCUCAAACUUUUAGCGAUAUUAGAGUAUAUGCUUCAGAUCCAUGGACCGAAAGCGAAGACAGUCUAAUUAAAAACUUCAAAAUCAUAAAUGGAAUUUCAUUUAGUGGAAUGCAACCAGUUGUUAGUAUUCCUAAAGGUAUUAAUAUGGAUAGUGUAUUCAUUAUUUCAAAAUCCUAUCAACAACUAUUAUUAUCCACUCGUUUAAUUAAUGGAACUUUUAAUAACUACAAAGUACCUUUAGGUUUGGUGUUUCAGUAUUCAGAAGGAAGUUUUAAUGGAAAUUUAUAUGUUUUGCUGUAUCCAUUGGUUUAUUAUGGAGGCUUUAUAAAGUUUUCAUAUGUUUUUUUUUCUCAUAAAAAAGUAAACCCUAUUGUUAGAUAUUCAGACAGUCAAAAUUUCAACAAAUAUUACUUUGAAAGUAAAAUUUCCUUUAAUGAUGGUUAUUAUUUUAUUGAUUCAAUAGUGGGUUAUAAUGAAAUUACUAGAAAUUAUCAACCUGAUCUUAGUUUUCCAGAGUAUAUAAAAAAAUAUUUUACAAGUUCUUUACCAUAUUAUGAUGUGUUCUUUAGUGAUCAGCGUUAUACUGACUCAUUAGCAAUUAUGGUUCAGCUUAUAUUUACUGAUAUACCCAGUGACUUGGAAUCAGUAUAUUGGAUCUCUUACAAUAUAUCACUACAAGAUCUUAAAGGAUGUUCACAAGGAUGGAUUUUGAAUAAAUAUAAGAAUGGUUGUAUUGAUGACAACGAAUGCAUUAACUUUAAUCCAUGUUGGAAUAACAGUGUAUGUGAAAAUACAGAAGGAAGUUAUUUUUGCUUAUGUUUAAAAGGGUGGAUUUUGAGUGAUGACAACGGUAGCUGUUUAGAUAUUAACGAAUGCAGUAUUUCAAAUCCAUGUUUUUGGAAUAACAGCAAAUGUGAAAAUACAUAUGGAAGUUAUUUGUGCUCAUGUGCCGAUGGCUGGCUUUUAAGUAAUGAUAAUGUUAGCUGUGUUGACUACAAUGAAUGUAUCUCAAAUCCAUGUUUUUGGAAUAACAGCAUAUGUGAAAAUAAAAUGGGAAGUUAUUUGUGUUCAUGUGCAAGCGGAUGGCUUUUGGGUAAUGAUAAAGCUAGUUGUGUGGAUAUUAACGAAUGCAGUAUUUCAAAUCCAUGUUUUUGGAAUAACAGCAAAUGUGAAAAUACAUAUGGAAGUUAUUUGUGCUCAUGUGCCGAUGGCUGGCUUUUAAGUAAUGAUAAUGUUAGCUGUGUUGACUACAAUGAAUGUAUCUCAAAUCCAUGUUUUUGGAAUAACAGCGUAUGUGAAAAUAAAAUGGGAAGUUUUUUGUGUUCAUGUGCAAGCGGAUGGCUUUUGGGUAAUGAUAAAGCUAGUUGUGUGGAUAACAAUGAAUGCUUAACCUCAAACCCAUGUUCUUGGACUAACAGCUUAUGUAAAAAUACUAUAGGAAGUUUUUUGUGCUCAUGUUCAAAUGGUUGGCUUUUAGGAGCAGAUGAAGCUAGCUGUGUUGAUAACAAUGAAUGUGUAACCUCUAAUCCAUGUUAUUGGAACAACAGUAUGUGUAGAAAUACAAUAGGGACUUAUGUGUGCUUAUGUAAAAAUGGAUGGCUUUUAGGCGAUGAUGAAGCUAGUUGUGUGGAUAACAAUGAAUGCAUAACCUCAAAUCCAUGUUUUUGGACUAACAGCAUAUGUAAUAAUACAAUGGGAGGUUAUUCGUGCUCCUGUUUAAAUGGAUGGGUUUUGGGGAAUAAUAACGUUAGCUGUGUGG